UACUGUCAGAAGAGUCCAGACCAACCAGCCUGGACAGUGAUUCAGACCAGGAUGGAUGGAACCGUCAACUUCUACAGGCCCUGGAUUCAGUACAAGGUCGGCUUUGGUUCGGUGGAUGGAGAACACUGGCUAGGUCUGGACAACCUACACUAUCUGACCUCAGGACCCAAGAAGUUUGAGUUACAGGUGGACAUGAAGGACUUUGAGGGAAAUAAUGCGUCCGCGCAUUACAGGAUGUUCUCCGUCGGCUCUGAGUGUAACGGAUACAACUUGACUGUGUCUGGAUUCACAGAUAAAGGAGCAGGAGACUCCAUGAUGACACACAAUGGCAUGAAGUUCUCAACCUUCGACAAAGACCAGGACCCAGAUACUCGCAACUGUGCCUCUCUAUACAUGGGAGCUUUCUGGUACAACCAAUGUCACCAUGCAAACCCUAAUGGGGUCUAUCGCUGGAGGCAGGAGGAGACUCCCUUUGCUGUUGGAGUUAUAUGGCACAGUUGGAAAAACACCUAUGGCUACUCUCUGAAGUCCAUCGUCAUGAAGAUCCAUCCUGCGCAGCCCUAG